AAAUUGUGAAAAUGAGUCCCAUUUUCCCGGGUUUUCUUGCCUCCUUGUUAUUAGUUCUCUCUUUGCCUGUUUCACUCAAACCCUAAACCUUCAUUUUCACCACCAGGAAACACGCGCACACACCGCCUGUCUUACCCAGAUGAAAAUGGAUGCGACAUUCCAGUCCUUGCCUCCUCUCAAGAGAUUCAGACUUCAACAACAGCAAGAGCGGCAGCAGAAGGAGAAAUUAGCAGAGGAAGAAAACAAGGAAAAUAUGGUCAUUCCUUCAACCUUACCGGCAAAGAAGAGAAGGGAAUCCCGUGAACCACUUGCGCCUUGUCGCUCUGCUGCCACAACCACUACCUAUAAUUUGCCAGCGAAGAAAAGGGUAUGGGCAAUGCCUCCCGAUUUAGUCCUUGAGAUGCCCUUCUCACCUAUCGAUCUCAAUGUCGAGUACAAGCCUUCUAUUGAUGAAGAGGUUAAAGUGACAGAGGAGAUCCCACUUGCAGAUACUGCCAAUCAAUCAGAGGUGAAGGAAGUAUCAGGUCUUGAAAACAUUGGCGAAUCCUUUGAAAAUAGUGAUAUUAGUCUGCAAGAACAGAAUGAAGAAAUCAGUGACGAUGAGGAUGAUGGGAUUGUGUGUGCAAUUUGUAAAAGCACCGAUGGUGACCCAUCAGAUCCAAUUGUGUUUUGUGAUGGGUGUAAUUUGAUGGCACAUUCCACUUGCUAUGGAGAUCCUUUGAUAAAGGGUAUCCCGGAAGGUGACUGGUUCUGCGCACAAUGCUUGGCCUCUCGCUCGUCCGAAGAUCAGAAUCAAGAAAAACCAGCACCAUUUUCUUGCUGCUUGUGUCCAGUCAAGGAGGGUGCAAUGAAACCCACCAGUGACGGGCGGUGGGCGCACAUUUUGUGUUCGCUGUUUGUCCCUGAGGUGUUUUUUGAAGACCCAACAGGCCGUGAAGGAGUCAAUUGUUCCAUGGUGCCUAAGAGGAGGUUUGAAGAGAGGUGCUAUGUCUGUAUGAGUAGUAGUGGCUGUGCCAUCGACUGCUCUGAGCCUAAGUGUCUUUUGGCAUUUCAUGUCACUUGUGGGCUGAAUGAGGAUCUAAUCAUUGAGUACAAAGAAGGAAAGAAAAAGGCAGGGGCUGUUGUGGCUGGAUUCUGCAAGGACCACUCUGAAUUGUGGAAAAAGCAACAACAAACCGGCAAGUUCAAGAUUGUUGCCAGGGAAGAGCACCAGAUUAGUUAGAUUUGUAGUGGUUAACACAGAUUCUGUGGUAUGUUAGCGUAUAGGACUUCAAAUUCUCGUUGCUGUUUAGAUUUUUGUUUCUAGUCCUGUUCUGAAUCUUAUUAAUUUUGAUCUUGAACUGCUCGACACAUCUGAUGCUUACUCUUAUAUCCAGAUAGCAUUGAUCUCUCUG